AUGUAUAUAUAUUACCCGUUAUAUCUUAGGAACCCUACUUGUUACGAUUUAUCUUAUAUUAUAGCAUAUCAGCAAGUCACAACAUUGUCUCAGUUAUUGAUCUCAUCCUUAUACAGUUAUUUCUACCUGUUCAAAAUGUUCCUGUUUUUGAGUAGUUAUUUACCAUUUUUCUGUAUUUUUGCAAAAUGUCGCACUGUUGAAAAUGCCCCGUCACAACAUAAACAGGAAAAGUUACUGUUGCAGCUGACUAUUAAAGCUCUUCUUAACAAAGUCAACAUUCUCAACAGGCUUAAUAAACAGCUGGAAGAGAAAGUAAAAAACUGUACAUGCAAGAAACCUGUUAAUGAGCUGCUAUUAAAUUCUGAUGAAGAUGUUAUGUUUUAUACUGGAAUUACUUCCAGAAUAUUAUUCGAUAAACUAUGUUCGUAUAUUACACCAUAUGUCAAACGUAAAUGGAGAGGACUUAAAGAAACCAAUAUUACCCUAGUUAGAAAAUAUAAAAGGACACCAAAUAAAUCUGGUGCUAAAUCAAAGUUAUGUGUCAAAGAUGAGUUCCUGUUAAUGCUAAUGAAAAUUAGGCUUGGAUUAUUAGGGCAAGAUUUAGCUCAAAGAUUUGGUAUUUCUGCUACUAUAUCUAGUCGCAUAUUUGCAACUUGGGUAAAAGCAACAGCAGGUGUAUUAAAAUCAUUUGUUUACUUUCCUGAUUAUGGACAUAUUGCUGCUACAAGACCUCCAAGAUUCAGAGAUGUUCAAAAUCUUCAUUCAAUAGCUGAUGGUACUGAAAUAUUCAUUCAGACCCCCAAAAAUCAUAUAGCACAACGGCAAACCUGGUCUAGUUACAAGCACCAUAACACUGCUAAAAUAUUGGUUGUAGUUUUACCUAAUUCUCAUAUAGAAUUUAUAUCCAAAGCAUAUAGUGGUUGCAUUUCUGACAAAGAAUUAACAAUGCAAUCUGGAUACUUAGACUUUGUUGAACCAUAUACAGAUGUAAUGGUAGAUAAAGGAUUCAAUAUUGCUGAUGAAUGUGCAGCUCGCUGUAUCAAUAUAAUUGUUCCACCAGGUAAAAGAGGUCAGAGCCAAAUGACACAAGCAGAUGUUAGAAAAACCACUAAAAUUGCAAAGUUGCGAAUUCUGGUUGAACAAGUUAUUUCUCGUUUAAAAAAGUUUCACCUCAUUGCAAAAGAAGUUCCUAUAACUCUUUUAUGUCACUUAGAUGACAUCAUUAUAAUUUGUGCAGCCUUAUGUAACCUCAAAAAGCCGAUAUAUGGAAAGUAA